AUACAGUCUCUUCGAGGGAUAUUCCAAUAUAUCUCCUCAAGCAAAGAUCUUGUCGGUGCAUUUCUAGCGCUCAAUAUCGGCGCUUAUAUCAUCGUCUUCAUCGUCCGGAAAUGGACUUCCAAACCAUCGAGAUCUUCAACUCCCGACCUAGAGAAACCAGCUUCAAGAUCGGGCAGAGAGAAAAUUACCAGGAAGGCCGGAGAAUGGACACCAUAUGAUUUCGAGAGACCGACGGCACAGCCGUAUCUUGACUGGGAUGUUCACACAACGAAGCCAAUUCCCUAUCGACCAUUUCGAUAUGGACCAAAGUAUUUUGUCACAAUGGGAUUGCGGAGUAUGAAAUUCGAUGAAUGGAUUGAACUCGACAACCACUAUCUCAAAUUCCACGCCGACAAAGCCAAGCGCAUCGAAGAGCGUGGUGAGAAAUGCUACGGAACAGCACCCGAAGCCAUGGACGGCGCGAUCGAACUAUUAGAAGAACUAUGCGACUAUCUCCCCGAAAGAUAUCCAACCAUGUUCCAGAAGACUUCAACAGGAAUAACCAACAUAAUCACCAACGAAACUUUCAACAUAACCCAACGCCCCCUCCCAGAAGACCCAAUGGCAACAGCAGCCCGCCUAAUCCAAGACGACAUAGCCCUAAUGAUUGAAAAGCCAGACGGAGAAUACUACCUCUUAGCAGGCGCAAUUCUCCUCGCCGGAUUCUGGCGCCUAAGCGACAAAUUCGGGAUGCCAUUAUCAGAGAUCCACACAUCAGGCGACGUACCCCAAUUCCAAGAAAAGCUCGAACGAGGAAUGAAGAAUUUCUUCCGUAGACUGAAGCCCGAAGAACCAGUUCUGCGGAAUAAUUAUUUUAUCCAAGUUGAUGAUCAGUUGGCCUGGUCGCCCAGUAUUGGAUCUGAGGAUGCGGAGGUUGUGUCGUGGAAUACGGCGGAGAAGAACAAGGCUAUUGAGCAGCAUUUCUUUCGAUCGGAAAGACAGUCUUUGAGACGGUUGCCUAGGUCUGGGGCUGUGGUGUUUACUAUUAGGACGUAUUUUGAGCCCAUUACGGAGAUUGUGAGGGAGGAUUAUGUGCCUGGGCGGUUGGCUUCUGCCAUUCGGAGUUGGGGGGAUGAUGUUUCGAGGUACAAGGGGAAGGAGAAGUAUCAGGAGGUUUUAUUGGAGUAUUUGGAUCGGAAACAUGAUGAACAGGUGGCUAUGGGAUUGGAGGUUGAUAAGGAGGGUGAGAUGCGGAGCUAUCCUUAUUGA